AUCAUUAUUUAAAGCAGCUGAUAGCUGUGGAUUCGUCAUCAGCACUACUCCUUUCUCAGGAACCUCCUGCUUUUCACAUCUCUAUCAUUCCAUUCUAUUCCAUUUCGUCGUCCGUGCUAUAGCCAAGCGCCACUUACUACUUUUAAUCAUUUUAAGAUGUCUGGCUGCGGAAGCUCUGCUUGUUCUUGCGGCGCUGCCUGCAAGUGCAGCACUGGCAACAGCUGCUGCCCGAUGAGGUCAAUGGACACAUUCGAGAGCUCCGAGAUGAGAGGCUUUGAGGGCGCCAAUGAAGGAUGCAAGUGCGGUGACAAGUGCUCAUGCAACCCUUGCAACUGCAAGUGAGAGAGCAGUGUCAAAAAUUCCAAAUCUUGUGAUUUAAAUGCUUACAGAAGUCUACUGACAAAACAGGGAGCGGUUUAUUUUCGUCAGAAUUUGAGGAAUUAUCCUCGAGAUCAAUUUAGAAUGCUAAGCUCUAUUGUAUAUGUGACGAAGUAAAUAAAGUCUGCAGAAGCAUCUGCUGGAAGAUUUCUGGUGAA